GAAUGUUUAUUUGUUUCCGGAAUUGGCCAGGUUCAUUCUGGUUGUGGCAGUGGGGAAACUUUUGCUGAUAUUUUUUUAAUCUGUUUCUUUCUUUUUUUCACUUCACUGGUUGGUAUACGGAUUGGUAUCUUGCUUGAUUUAGAUUUUUCAAGCCUUAUUAAACUACACAAUCAUUUUGUCAAACAUACUCUGCCUCAUACUCUGCCACCCGCACACGGUGACUCCGCUCGGUUCCGUUACAAAGAUCAUAAUGCUUCAUGGGUGUUGUCAUGUCUAUUUAUAAAAAGUUAUAAUUAAUUAUGAAUACUUUGUAAACAAUAUUAAUAGUUUGUUUAUAGUGCUUCAUGGCUACAGUGUUUAAAUAAAGUGAGUUUGCAAACUAGGUUGUCAGACACUCAGGCAUAGGAAGUGACGAGGGGGCUAUAACCCUAAUGCCUGUUACCAGCAUGUGUUGGGAUUGACUUGAAAAGUUACACUAUAUGACCACAUAAUCAUGCUAGUAACAUAACGGGGAAGGGAUAUGAGUAAAACAUUUAUGAAAAUACUUCCCUGGAGUUUUCCGAGGUAUGACAUGCCCUUCUCCCUUGUUUUACUGGACAGACGGACCACUGUAUGUCGCUGUAAAUGGAACCGGAGAAAUCGGUGCCUCAGAGAACACAACCUUCUCCUGCUCAGCUGAUUCCCAACCUCCCGCUACGUUCUCAUGGUCAUUCAAUGACAAAGAGACAGCCGUGACUGGUCCAGUGUAUAACAUAUGGGACAGUAAAGUAGAACAGUCUGGCAAUUACACCUGCACAGCAAGCAAUAACGUCACUGGACGCAAAGUCUCUGCCACACUUGCACUGACUGUGAAGGGUGGAUCCAGCUCUUUCAAUGGAGGAUUAAUGCCAGGAGCCACACUUCUGAUGUCCAUGUUUCUUGUUCUUAUCAUUUAAUACAGCAGCCUGAUGUAACCACCACGCUAAAACAAUGGGAUAUGGACAUGUUUGAAUAGUAACUCCUUGUAGUUCUCCAUGUAGUCAACUCAAUAAUGCUAUUCUAUGUGUUGUAGCCAUUUCUAUGGAAAUAAUAGUUUUGUAAUAAUAUUGUAAUUGAAUAAUAAUUGCAGCUUGAGAAUUUAAGAUUUAAUGAUAUUUACGAGAACUAAGAAGAAACUGUGUUGCGUGUGUAAUGUAGAAAUGGAAAUAUUGAUAGUUGACCAGUGAUGCUGAGAAUAAUGUAAUUUGAUUGGCUGUUUGAUUUAAUAUAAAAGAAUAAGAAACUCUGCGAAACAUGUCGAAGGCACUGGACCUUGGAGCAGCACAGUCUUUUGACCUACACGUAAUGCCAGUUCAUUUGUUAGAAAAGUAAUAUCCUGAGUUUUUGUACUGUAUGAUUUAAGUUAUUAAGUAAACAGACAAAAAGAAG